CGUUCCAGAGCCGUGGCGUGCAAAGGGCGGGCCGCGAUCUCGCGCAAGUCUGGUGUGCGCGCAGCUGCGGGUCCCGCGGCCUGCGCUGCUGUGGUCUACGCUCGCGGAGAGCGCGCUGGAUCCUGUUCUUGCGUGCACGCCUGCUGCUCUGGCCUCCGGUCUGACCCAGCCCGGCCAUGGCUUCAGCUUUGGAGGAGUUGCAGAAUGAUCUAGAAGAGGUAAAGGUGUUGUUGGAAAAGGCCACUAGGAAGAGAGUACGAGAUGCCCUGACAGCAGAAAAAUCCAAGAUUGAAACAGAAAUAAAGAAUAAGGUGCAACAAAAAUCACAAAAGAAACCAGAAUUUCUUGACAAUGAAAAGCCAGCUGCUCUGGUUGCUCCCACCACAACAGGAUAUACUGUGAAAAUCAGUAAUUACGGAUGGGAUCAGUCAGAUAAGUUUGUGAAAAUCUACAUUACCUUAACUGGAGUUCAUCAAGUUCCUGCUGAGAAUGUGCAGGUGCAUUUCACAGAGAGGUCAUUUGAUCUUUUGGUAAAGAAUCUAAAUGGGAAGAGUUACUCUAUGACUGUGAACAAUCUCUUAAAACCCAUCUCAGUGGAAGGCAGUUCAAAAAAAAUCAAGACUGAUACAGUUCUUAUCUUAUGUAGAAAGAAAGCAGAAAACACGCGAUGGGAAUACUUGACUCAGGUUGAAAAAGAAUGCAAAGAAAAAGAAAAGCCAUCCUAUGAUGCUGAAACAGAUCCUAGUGAGGGAUUAAUGAAUGUUCUAAAGAAAAUUUAUGAAGAUGGAGAUGAUGAUAUGAAGCGAACCAUUAAUAAAGCCUGGGUGGAAUCAAGAGAGAAGCAAGCCAAAGGAGACACAGAAUUUUGAGACUUUUAAGUCCUUUGGAGAACUAUUAUGUGGAAAUACUGCUAUUUCCAAUAACGGAAUGUUGGUGAGCUGCACAUUUAAAUUUGGAAGAUAACUGCAAAGCCUUCAAAGUAAAGGCAAUGAAUUUUCCAUUUCUUAUUGGAGGAUUUAUUUAAAUAAGAUAUGCAUAUUAAACAUUUCCUCCAAAGAUGGUUUCAUUAUACCCUGGUCAUUUUGUUUAAGGAAGGGUUAUAUGUUAUUCUCAUUGAAAUACAAACACCAAGUCUUAGGGCUGGGGAUUUAGCUCAGUGUUUCCGCUGCCUGCCUUGCAAGCACAAGGACCCGAGUUCAAUCCCUGGUACAAAAAAAAAACCAAAAAAACAACCAAGUCUUGUCUAAAAACAUUAUGUGUGUUUUUGUUCAGCUAGGAGGUAGAAAACAAAAGUAUUUGCUUGCCUGCAAGUUACAGAUGUCAGCUCCCACUUAAUGUAUGAAUAAGAGUAAAACUGAAUUUUUGUAUAAAAUUCAAAUUUGUGCCUGUGCUUCAAAUUUGCUGUAGAAUGGAUGAUCCCUUAUUACCAGCUUGAGCAGUACAUAUAGCAGGGAUUACCAUGCACUAAUAAGCCAGUCACAAAUGUUUCUCUCUAGAUUUAAAUAUAUUUGUUUAUGAAUAUAGAAUUAAGAAUAGACAAGCAUCUUCAUAUAGUAGCAGUUAGUACUACCAUGGGUCAGAUACUAAUAACCAUAAAGCAAAAAUAAUUUGAAAAUCCAUCUAUUCCUGUGUUCAAUAAAGUUGGAUUUUUAUGUAACAAAA